UCUUCGGUGUCACCUAUCGGUGUUAUUUACAAACAAACAAAAGGUAUCGUUUUACACGACUUUUUGCUCUUGUGAGUGCCUUUUCAUGUCUUUGUCAAAUUUUAAUGCUCUAUCUGUGAUUUUCCCUGUCGAUUUACACCAAAGUUAUUUAAAUUCAUCCCUGAAGAUCUUGAUCCCAUCAGUAAUUUUAAAACUUUCACCUAACAUCUGAAAAUAUUUGUUUAAGACAUGAGGUGUCACCACCAAUAAAGAUCUUAUGUUACCAGAAGGUAACUUGCUGUUUGUGUUUGUAUGGGUUGUAUUGAUUUUUUUAUUUUAAUAUGAAACGGAUUCAGUGUUUGGCAUGUGAAUAUGAAAGUUGUUUAAAACCAAGAGAAAAAUGCUCUGGAGCUGUUGCGUGUUUUGAAUUCAUCACUAAAUUUCUCAAUGGAACAACAGUUGUGAAGAAAGGAUGUAUUGAUGAUGCACUUUAUGUUAAACUACAAUGCCAUAUUGUUCAAAACCCUGAAGAUCGUAAUCUCCUGGUUUCCACUAAAUGUUGUUUCUCCGAUUUUUGUAAUGACAAUCCUAUUGUGCCUGACGAUGUACCAUUCAAAUCUGACACUAUUGACUUAAAAUUUAUUGUAAUCAUCUUGGUUGCCGUACUCUUAGUUGCCGCUUUGCUUCUUUAUUUUGCUUGGAAAAAAAGACGACCGACUAAAGUAAAGUGUCCUUCCAUUCAAGAAGACUUAAAAGAAGACUUGAAAAGUUGUGAUUUUAGUUCGAACUUUGAUUCAUCUGAAACUUCUGGCUCAGGACGAUAUGGACAACCAUUAUUGACUACAAGAACAGUUUCCAGAGUUAUAAAUAGAGAUGUGCCUGUUUACAAAGGAAGAACAAAUGAAGUUUACAGAGGAACAUGGUUAGGAAGUCCAGUAGCCAUAAAAGCUUUUAAUUCUCGUGAUGAGCAUAUUUUUCAAAGGGAACUCGAGGUCUAUCGUGCCAUUAACAAACAUGAGAAUAUUCUUGAAUUUAUCGCAGCUGAUUGUAUAUCGGUUGAUGCAUGUACUCAACAAUGGUUGAUAACAAAUUACUAUCCGCUUGGAUCAAUGUACGACUUUUUAAACACUUUUAAAAUUGACCAACGACAAUGUCUGUCUAUUUUGAGAGGUAUUAUCAAUGGUUUAGACUACCUGCACUCGGAAGAUGUUGUUCCUGAGAUAGCUCAUCGUGAUAUUAAAUCCAAAAACAUAUUAAUGAAAAAUGAUCAUAAUGUUUGUAUCGCUGAUUUUGGUUUGGCUGUAACUUUCUAUAAAGACACCGGUAAACUAAUCAAUGCCGAAAAGUACAAAGUUGGAACCAUUCGUUAUAUGCCACCUGAAAUACUUUCAGAUUCAUUCAAUUCAUCUUCCAUUGUUAGUCAUAAGCAGGCAGAUAUUUAUUCACUAUCUUUGGUAAUGUGGGAAGCUUGUCGUAGAUGUUACAGUCGAGAUGGUAAAGUAGACGAUUAUAGUUUACCUUUUGGAGGUAUUGUGCCAAGUGAUCCUUCUUUCGAGGAUAUGAAAAAAAUCGUUUGCGAUGACCAGAGGCCAAAUAUAAAUACAAGAAUGGAAAAUGAUCCAGUUAUUUCUCGUAUCACCAAAAUAAUGCAAGAAUGCUGGUAUACUUCACCGAUUAAGAGACUCACCUCGUUGAGAAUUAAAAAGUCAUUAAACAAAAUCGAUAUCUUCCCUUGAUUUUCUUGACCAAAAACAAAUGCCUUACGAUUUUUUGAUUUUAAUCUUAAGCACUAUUUUGCUUAUCAGAGCUUCCAAAAGCUACAAAAAUUUUAACAUUGUAUCUAAACAUAGAUAAAACUGCGUACUUAAAUCAAAGAUUUUAAUUUUACAAAACAUACUGAAUGAUUGUAAUUGAUGUGAUCAAUUAAUUGCCAACAACAAAUUAUAUCAACUAUAAAUGUUGAAAACUGAAUAAAAAAUUAUUUUCAAUUUA